GGAGAUCUGUGUUGCAUGAAUAAUUGAAAAGCAUAUCAAUGGCUUCCCUUACCAAAGACAAGUGGCGCGGAAAGAGAAUAAUCUAUUGAUACAAAAGCUGCAGAGGAGGAUGGAAACUGCAAAAGGCCAGAGGGUUGGGGUAAGGGAGCAAACAACAUAUUCAAGGACAGAGUUUGAAAGCAAAGGAAUGGGUGUUUCCAAGGAAGGUGCAAUGAGCAGCUCAUUAGCAGACCAUCCAUCUUGUGAUAUGUCAGGGAUAUGAGCGGAUGGCAUCACAUCAGCGAUGUUGUUUGUUUCCUCGCACAUUUCAGCUGCUUCCUGAAUACUUGGAUACAGUGCCGGUGUGUCUGUAACACUGUUUCUUUCUCGGUUAGCAAAACACUGUUGUCUGUUGUUGAUCAAGACCAUUGUGAAUGGAACCCCGUCUAUUGCUGACAUAACACAUGAUUAUUGACUACAUGGAUAAAGCUAGCGAGUGAGAGUGCAGAUGGAUGUAUUUCUAAUGGAUGUACAUGUAUGAUAACAUGAUUUUCUCGUUCUGAAACCUGUUUCAUGCCUAGAAAGAGAUGAUCAGUUGUACAUGUACUCUGUGAUUGGAGCAGUUACAUCCUAAGCAUUGAUGUGGAGAUUGAUUGCUUGCAUUGUGUUGAAACUUGGAUGCUUUCUAAUAAACAAGAAUGCAAUCUAAUAUUGGGAAUCAUUGUGCAGUUACAUGUAUAUAGCUCAUCAAGCAUCGAAUGCACCUUUCUGAUUCAUCACAAGCCAUCAUUGAAUAGAACAACUGUACUCCCGUUGCCAUUUUACCAUGGUCCACAGUAAAUAGAAGAUUAUUCAGUAAUAGACCAAAAUUGCCUUGUGAAUCUAAAAGCUGGUUUGCCACGGGUAAAGGCCCAUAUUGAACUUCACUUAUUUAUUUAAGAUCUUCCAUUUGCAUGAUUUGGCGAUUGAAUACAAAACUAGCCACCCUCCAGCUCGAGCAAAUACCACUGCUGAAGAUCAAAUACUUCAACAAAACUAAAUAGUGCUGCAUAAGUUGGAUCAAUAGCAUUUGGAAUCCACUUUGCCUUUCUGGUGAAUUUGUCAGGAUAUUCUAGAAUCUUGAACGAACCGGCGAAAGAUGGACUAUCGGUUUGUUGUGAAAGUGGCAUUCAAUCAGCAUGUUCCUGUGAGAGUGUGAGGUUGAUUAAAUCUUGCUACAUGUAUGAAACAUCUUUGAAGGAUAUUACAUGUAGGUGUGAAUUCACUUUGAAGAGUUUAGAGGGUCAUCAAGGAAUGUAGGAUUGCAAUAGAAAUGGACAAAGUUUUAUGACAGAUUUUUAUUUUAUUCCACUGAAUCUCCAUUCGAUUUUAGAAGUCUGAUUGGUGAUCUUAUGAAAGGAAUAAAUUUUGCCGACAAGUACUAAACUCCCUCCUGGAACCUAAAUAGGUUCCCUCCUGGAACCUAUUCUGAAGGUAUAUAGUUCAUGGGAUCAUUUUGAGAGGAAGGAAUCUAGCCAACAAAUAUAGAAUGAACUACUACCGGUACUUCUUAUUCUCUACUGGAACUUGAAAGUUUGACUCUCCAAAAUCCUUUUGACUGCAAGACUAUUGCGUAGUGACUGUCUUUCGGGGGUUGGGAGGCAUUUCCCCUUCAUUUCUGUGCAUGCAUGUCGAUGGGCUCGUUGGAAGGAUGCCGAGUCCGCUAGCAGCCAUGAGCCUUAAACUUCCAAUUCUAAAUCAGAAAUGGUAUCUGGAUGUUCUUGACAACCAGUACAGGGAGUCCCUCAGUAAGGAUAAAAGAUGGACCAAGGGAAACAGGAGCUCAAGUAACUCCACUAAUUUCUCCAACCAAGAUGGAGUGCAAGGCAACUCACCGGUGGUCAGCUCUAGCGGUCAGAGCUCGGACCUCGGCCGUCAGAUGUCCAGCGAGGAUCUCAAGCAUUUUGAGAGGAAGCUUGAGAGGGAGCGGGAGAAGAGGAUAAACACGGAGCCCCCGCCUUCUAGGUUAGAUGCGAGAGUGGUUAGUGAAAGUGGACCACAAUUCGAUCUGAACAACCUGAGAAGGAACGGGUUCCGCCCCACGUCGAAGAACUCCUUCAUGAGAGACCAAUCCAACGUUCAUCUCACUGCCUACCGCCAUGGCCAUGCCCCACCUGUUGACCCCAUGACUUCUUUAUCCAUCACAAACUCGGGGCCCCCGGCAAUGAUGUCCACCUCCGGGGUUCCAGGGGCGCUACGGGGUCAGAGCAUCGGGUUUGGGAACAGGGAAAGCAGCGGAGGAGGGCUCAUUGGAAGCACCAUGGGAAGUCAGGGAAGAACGAGCAACAUGAAGACGAGAACAAGGUCAUCUUUCUUGGCAGGGCAGAGUGAUAAAUACAAACAGAGCCUGUACCAGUUUCAUGAUCCUGUAGCGGGGGCCACCCCUGACUUCACCCAAAGACUUGCAGAGCUUACCUCGCUUGAAAGCGAUACGAUACGAUACGAAAGGACUAAGAAAGCCAAGAAAAAAGCCAAACAAGACUCGGGAUGAGAAUACUUUCUCAUUGCAUCGGCCAAUGCUUAUUAAAAGAAAAUGGACUACGGAGGUUGUUAGAUAAUGGUGGUUUGGCAAAAGCUCUGGUCCAAGCUAGGAGAAGGUGAAGUCAUGUUUAGCAGACUGCGACAUUCGUAUGAGCAUACGGUGAGGUUGGAAAGAUUGAAACGCAGCAGAGAUCGUAAAACUUUUGGGGAUUUGUUUCCUCAGGAUCAGAGUGUGUAAUCAGCCUUCAACCGAUGUAUGGAUAACGAUGGUCAGAGAAAAUGGACAAAUCCAAACAACUGACAUAUGAUAAAGGAAUUUAUUGAGGAUUGGAAAGAGCUUUAAUACAGAAGUGAUUCUUUUUUUAUUGGAAUGUACAUCUUCCUCAACUCAAAUGGUUUCUGCAGAUGAAGAGUCUGUCUAUUGUGAAAUUGAUCUGUUAAAAAAUGUUGAGUGUUCCCUCUUAAACCUUAUACUGAAUUGCUGAAUAAUUAAUUACGAGACUUCACCAACAUCAUGAGUUGGUUUCAUAGACUUUACCAUGAUGGUAAAUACCAUGGACCUUGAUUCUGAUUGGCUGUUGAGCCCUAUUACCAGGCUCUAUAUCUGUUAUUAUACCAGUGAUUAAUGAUGGUCACUGAAUGAAUUGGUUGAUUAAAAUUCAGAUCCAGUGUUAGCAUUAAAUUGAAAAUUGAUCUGGAACUGAUAGGGUAUUGUCAAACUUUCCACGUAGAAUCUACAUGUAGAUAUCCAUGUGCAAGGAAAUGUAAUAUUACACUCAGGAGUUCGGGAGAAAUUUUGUCUAUUUCUUAUAAAAGCACAAAAUGGAAAUGGUCACUUCAACCAAUGCAAGGGCAAAGUACGAUCUAGCAAGGAUUCAUGCAUAAUUUGGUCUAGGGUAUUGAAUGUGUUUGUUCUGUUACCCAGAAAUGUAUCCCUAUUACUGUAAGAUGUGUUUUCAUAUAAAUUUUCAGCAAUAUUUACCGUAUAUCCUACAUAAAUUGAAUCCUAUAUAUUGAUUGGUUCAAAAAGCAUCAUGUGGCCAAAGAUAUUCUAGCUAUGCUGAUGAAACAAAACGCCCAAUAAAGAAAAUUUACCAUUCCUUGAAGUAGCAAUGUCACAGAUCAUGCAAUCUCUCAAAGGCGCCUGUCAGCGAAGUGUCUCCACACCGGGCAAAUCCUGCGAAGGGAUGGCGCAGGCACUAAACGGAUAACGCUGGGCGCAUUAUCUGUAUUUUGGUUCAGAUUAGGGAUGAAUUAUAAGGACUAGAUCAUCAAGAUUCAUUGUUACAACUUAUAAAAAGUAGGAUAUGAUAUACCAGGCCUUUAUUUUGAAAGUAUACAGGGAAUUAUUCAUCCACGGUUUUACUGUCAAUACUACUGUUUUCCCCUCAGAGCUUCGCCCCUCGGGAAAAAUAGUAAUGCUAGUCCAACCUCAGGCAAAUAAUUCCGCUAUACUUCCUGAAAGCUUUGUGUAUUUUUAUACUGUACUACUAGUAUUUUGCACCUAAAUAGUACCAUUUGGCCUGAGCAAUACACCUUUUUUGCAUUCCAAAUACACUUUUUGCCGAAUAACCCUUUUUUUGGGCAAUUUGAAGUAUAUGUUUACUUUUAAAUGUCAUAAACAGAUAUUUGCAAAACUAAGAGCUGGGAAAACACCCAAUCUUAUCCCUUUUGAGUACAUGUCUAUAAGGUCUUCUAAUUUUGACUACAUGCCUUUGAAUACUACCGUUUCCAAUUUUGAGUAUAUCAAUGCUAUUGCUUAAACAUAAUAUUAUGUAUUUGGGCUUUCACUUUAAGCUAAAAUAUAUAAAAGUUAAUUUUGAGUACAAGCUUUUGAGAACAAACCAUUCAUCAAAUUUUGCUAACAUUUUCAUAUUCAUGGAUAUGCCACAAAGAGACCCCCUUUUUAAAACAUGAAAUGUAGGAGGGGGAGGUUUAUCUCAAAUGACCCGUUACUGCAAAUGUAAAGUCCAAAGGCUUUUCAUAAAAAAAAUUAAACAUGUCCAGUCACAUGUCGUCGUAUCGGUGUAAGAAUGCCCUGAGCCAAACUAUUUAACUCACCUCAUCGGUGCAGAAAUGCCCCAAUUUAUGCAUGCUGCUAAGGCCGUUUUUGCAUGCAUGUGAUGCGCGAAAGUGCGGUGUUAAGGGCGUUCUUGCACUGUGACAAUGAUGUAAUGUUUGGUCUCCCAUUACUACAGCUGAUCCAACUGUAAGAUUGAUUCUACGGUAUAUUGGAUAUUGCGGGGAAAUACAUGUAGCCUGUAAGAUCCCAAAUUUCCUAAAUUUUGUAUCAAAAUGCACUUUGAAAAUGGUGUUUCUCUUUCUUUGUUAUGUAACUCCGUAUAAAGAAGGACUGUGUUCAGGUUAUUGGAAAUUUGUUGGAGAUUUAUGAAAGUUGAAAAAAAAAAAAAGAAGUUUCAGGUGUUCGAAGAAUUCAGAUUAUUUUGUAUUUGUUGCAGAUGUGCAAAUAAAAUAUGAAAGUAAUUAUUUGAAUAAA